AUGCUAAUUUCAAUCACAGGUGAUUUUUCUUUUGCCCGAUCUCUGGCAAAGCAAUACAAAUGCCGCAAACUCUGCGCCACAUGCUACGAUGACAAGGAAACACUCUACAACAAAUACCCGCAAGUGGAUUCGCACAUUCAAGAAAUCCUCUCUGCAAAAUCCAGCUCCACUGAAACGGACAAGGAGAAGCAAGAAAGCGCCGAAGACUCAACGCAACAAUCUUUCUCAAAAUCCGGUCCCAAGAUCCUCUUCUCCAUAGACGCACGCAAACUCGGCGCCCAAGGCGGCGGAGGCAAAGAACUCACAAAAGGCUUCUCCCGCCGCGAACCCAAAACACCCGCCUGGAAACUCCACCAACAGCAGCACCAGCAGCAACAAAAGCAAGAGCAGCAGGAAGCCGCCCGACAAGAUGCUCAGAACGGCGGUCAGGCGUAUGCCGCCAGGAUGAAAAUGCAACCGACUACGCCGAAACCGACGACGACGAGCGGGCCUUGGGAUGUGAUUUGUUUCAAUUUCCCGCAUGUGGGUGGUCUCUCGACGGAUGUUAAUCGGCAAGUUAGAGCCAACCAGGAACUUCUCGUUUCGUUUUUCAAGGCGUGUGUUCCUCUUCUCUCCGCAGCGCCGGAACAGGCUGGCUCGGAUGAUGAGUGGGAGUCUGGUGAUGAGGAUGAGGAGGAGUUUUCUGAUGACGAGGACGCUGGACAGGGCGAGGCUGUCGUUGCGGACAUCCAAACUACCGGUAAAACAACCCGGACUGGACCGGGUCAGAUUCUCGUCUCGCUUUUUGAAGCGGAGCCGUAUACGCUUUGGAAUAUUAAGGAUUUGGCGCGGCAUGCGGGGUUGCAGGUUGUUACUAGUUUCCGAUUUCCUUGGUCCUCGUAUGAGGGGUACUCGCAUGCGCGGACUUUGGGGGAGGUUGAAGGGAAGGAUGGGCAGCGGGCUGGAUGGCGUGGGGAAGAUCGUAAUGCGAGGAUGUAUGUUUUUGAGGUGAAGAAAGAGGGUGAUAAGGGCGAGAAGAAGAUUCCGAAGAAGAAGGUGGAGACUACUAAAGGUGGAAAGACGAAGAGAGUGAGAGAUGACUCGAGUGAUAGCGAGUAA